AUGAUAUUGGCUGAAAUACCAAUCUAUGCACAGUUCAAGAAUGAACCUGACCCUGCAGUAACUAAGGCCGAGCUGAAAGUGUUUAUUGCAGUUUUGAUUCUCUCUGGGUACAAUAGGCUGCCAGGAAAAAGGUUUUACUGGGAUUCAGGUCCAGACAUGAGAAAUGAGAUGGUUCAUGCAGCUAUUAGGAGAGACAGGUUUAUCCAAAUUAUGAAAUUUCUGCAUUUUGCUGAUAAUAAUGCCAUGGAUUCAAGAGACAAAUUAUGGAAGCUCCGUCCACUGAUAAAGAAACUUCAAAAUAAAUUUGUAAAACACUUUGUUCCUGUACCUAGGCUGAGCUAUGAUGAAUCUAUGAUUGCAUAUUAUGGGCCUCAUGGGUGUAAACAGUUUAUCAAAGGAAAACCAAUUAGGUUUGGUUACAAGGUUUGGUCUUUGAACACUCCUUCGGGCUAUUUGGUAAAUUUUGAUGUGUAUCAAGGAAAGAAUGUGCAAAUCAAUGAGGAUUAUGAGAAGCAAUUUGGAAAGGCAGUAACUCCUCUAAUUCAAAUGAUUGAUAGUUUUGAUGAUGAUACAAAGAAUUUGCCAUUCAGUUUAUAUUUUGAUAAUCUCUUCACUGGUAUGGAGCUGCUGAGUUAUUUGAAACAAGAGGGAUACAAUGGUACUGGGACAAUCAGGGAGUCACGGGUUCCAAAGGAAUGCACCAUAAUGCCUUGCAAAGAUAUGAAGAAGCUUGAAAGGGGAACCUUUACAUAUAAGUGUAGUGAUGAUGGAAUUUUAGUUGCAAGAUGGCAAGACACUGGAUCCGUUACUGUAGCAACAACUGUUCACUCAGUCAAUCCCGUUGGUCAUAGGAGCUGGUCGCCAUCCACGUCAAAGGCCAGUGUAUCCAAAGGUCGACUACCAGACUCCAUUAGAUAUGAUGGUAAAAACCAUUACAUUAUUCAAAACCUAGGCAACAAAAGAAGACGUUGUGCAGGAGAAUAUUGCAAAUCUGUAGGUCGCACAGCAUGCAGGGAUCAGCAAGAUGAGUUGCUUCGGCGGCUGAGGAAGUACUCCUCUGUGUUGAGCAGUGUCCCGGGCAGGACACAGUUGAUAGAACACAAUAUUGAUGUCUUAACCUGA